CGUGCGCAGACCGUCAGUACCGUGAUCGACGCCGGCGCAGCGAGUUUGCGCGCCGUCCCAUACGAUUUAUAAACAUUGAUAUGUACGACCUGUGUUUAGUAAACUGUGCUAUGAGUAUAUAGUGUUUGUAUCAAUUAAACGUUGACAAGCUGAUCUAAUCGGAGACCACAAUGGCUAUGAAAGAAUAUCUCCAAUGGUUGCCACCUCCUCGUUCUCUGCUGGCGCUCUUGUUGGCUGUGACUGGCUUCAGUGGACGUCUAUUUGCAGCUCACGUCGCACAUUCACCGACAGUACUUGUGGACGCCUGCCAUUCCUUAUGUCGACUAAUCGGUCUUAUCACAACUCUAUUAGCUUUUAAGUAUGAACGAGCUGAUGAAGGAGCUGGACGCGAAGGCCGUCUCCGGAACACAUUCGGUUGGGCCAGAAUCGAAGUCCUCGGAAGACUUGCGGUGCACGUUCUCUUCGCGUCGUUUUCCCUUGCCUUAGUAGUGAACGCGCUGCAGCUGGGCGUGCAUUCAUCUCAUGUUCAGCCUCCAAGAUACCCCAGGGUCAUUUUGGGAAGUGGUGUGAUCGGUCUACUGCUGAAUGCCAUCAACUAUCUUCUCCUCGCGGGACGAGAACUAAGUUAUAGUAGAAGACUGAGUGUGACAGAGAGCGGGGGAGUGGUUCUCAAAUCAGGAUCAAGGGAGCCUGUACUGGCGCAUGCACCGAGCGAUAUUACAAGUAGCUUGUGUGUGAUGGCUGCGGGCUUAACAUUGGAAUGGGAGCCUAGUGUGGCGGGUGUGGCUGACCCCGCCCUUUCCGCGUGUGCUGCUAUACUACUUGUCACAAUUAAUUAUCCAUUCUUGCGAUCAGCCGGGCUGGUUCUACUCCAGACGGUACCAGAAGGGCUCGGAGCCUGCGAGUUGCGAAGUGCUGCAUUGCAGGUGCCAGGAGUCCUCGCCAUACAUGAGCUGCAUGUCUGGCAGCUGCACCGGGACAGAUUGGUCGCUACUGCGCAUGUCUGUUAUAACUCUGAAGAUGAUUUUCUGAAAAGCUCAAAUCAAGUGAGCGAUGUAUUUAAACGUCAUGGAAUAAACUUGGUUACAUUACAGCCAGAGUUCAGCCUUGCUGCAAUCACAGAUUCGGGUGAAGAAAAGAAAAAUUUAAUAGAUUUAGCAAAUGCUUGCUGUUCCUGUCCGUGUGCCAAGGAGUGUACAGCACCGCGGUGUUGUGCGGCACCUCCAAAGCCUACCAUCACACGAAUAUAGCACUACUUACAACCGUUCUUAAGACACAACCUUGUCUGAACACUAUUUUACUCAUUCGAAGCUUGACUCUGAGUUGUCUACAUUCUGGGAUUUGAUACCGUAAAUGUUUUAGUUUUAGGAAUCGUUUUAUUUUUAUUGUCUCAAACGAGGUUAGAGGGUGUAUUCAAUUAUUCUUAAUUAUGGUUCGACCUACGUUAUUUUAUUAUUAAGCCCCGAUUUAUAACAUAACGGCAAAACAGGGACCCUGAUACGGGCUAUGUAUGUUUCAUUGAUGCCUGUUAAAGGAAGAUCAGCCUUCAUAACCUGUUUCGUUGGGAAUCGAACCCAGGCACCACAUGCAUUAUACAUCGCUACGCAUAUAUAUAUACGUAGUAUAUAUGAAAAUAAUACAUUUUAUUUAAUAUAUCUUCGAUAUGAAAUUAUCUUAAAGAUAUAUGAGGUAAGCAAGGUUAUCUUAUAGUGCCAAUGAUAUAUCUAUACUGUGUUACCAAGUUAGGACCUAAUCUUCGAAAUACACAAAAUAAUUAUGUGAAAAAGAGUUAACUUGUGUGUUCUGUAAUCUAGUUUAUACGAGUAGGUAGAUUAAGUAAAGCCAAAGACGACUUUCCUACCAGUUGGAAAGUGACAUUUUCUAUUAAUACUAACUUUUACGCUCUAGUUGUUUCGCCGUAACCUACAAGAUAUUCAAGUUUAGCUUUCGUGAUAGAAAACACGUGAUAAAUAUUAAACACUUUAUAAAUCCAAACACUAUAUUACAAUUAUUUUUUAAUUACAAUAACAAACUGCACCAAAUCGUCAUUUUUUUUACAAAAUUGAUUGUAUACGUCUGUCGAAAGUCCUAUUUUACCAAGUUUAAUAAGGUAUUUCAUACACAUGAACUGAACAAGCACACUCUCGUGUAAAUCGCAUCUGCGGCCCACCGCUUUAAGCGAUGAACUGACAUUUAUUUAAUUAAAAUUAAAAGUGGAGAACACAGGUCCAAUGGUGUUAGUAAACUGUUUUAAAUGCUAUGUUAUACAUUUCAUGUAACUGAAUAUUUUAAGGUUUUGACAUCAAUCUUUUAUUUUAGCUUUAUUGAGAGGACUGCGUGUAGAAGACUAUAACGUCAUACAAAAGCUUUUCCUUUUAAUUGAAAAGCUACUCGGUAGGAAUUUUGCUUACGUCGUCUACGUACUUUACAAAAAUAAAAAUCGUAGUUUGACGCUUUCAGCACUUUUUAUAGUCAUCCACAAAUGCAGUAGAGCAAAAGACCUUACAAUACAAUAAACGAUAAGCUGAUAAAAAUUAAUGAACUAACAAUCGUAUGACAAAGAAGCGAUUGUUGCAUCAAAUGGAUUAUUGUUAUCUUACAAUGCCUUUUCUUCUCAGAGGUCACAUUCAUUUUAACCGUUAGUGCAAAAGUCGAUGACCUUUAAAAGCUCACCCGAGGUUCCCGAACACUUCGUUGAAUAUGCUUUAUAAAAAAUAUUUAAACACUUAAACAAACUAAGACGCUAUUUUAUAAUUAACCUAUACUAAUUUUAUGUUGAAGUUUGAAUUGGAAAAUUAUUUUUGUGUCAUAAGUUAACGCGAGUAAAACCAGUUGGUUAAAAGGCGAAUUCAUAGUAAAAGCAAAACAGUUUUGAAAUGAACUUAUUACCAAGAACUUUUUUAUAUACCGCGUCGAACGGCCAAAAAAGUAUAUUAAAAGUAAGAAAAGUAUUGAGUAAAAUGUAUCAAUUUUUUAAAGCUUCUCGAAGUAGGUUUUUUUGAUCGAAAUUUAAAUUUGAAAAUUUAAAAAUAUAGCACUAAAAACGUGUAUUGUGUUAGUAGUAAAAACAGAAUAUUGAGAACUUUUUUAAAUACAGUAAAAAGUAUGAUUAUUUUAUCGCCGAAUAAUACUGAAUGAAGCCUUUUAACAAUAUUUUGCUACAGGCACCUCAUCUACAGCUAUCGUCAUUUCUUUGUAUCCAUAUAAUUAUUGUACUGGGUCACGCCUGCGGCAAUAUUUGUAUCCAGAGUAUUGUUGAAACCUACGUAAAUUCGUUGAAGCUUGCCCGUUUAUUUUAAGUAAUAUUGUAAGUUUAUUUGUGCUAAUUGUGAUGUACAUGUCUCAAAAAUUCAAAAUAUAUCUUUCAUUAACCGUUUUUUUAGAAGUCUAAAAUAUAUUAUAAAAAUUUGAAGUACCAUUUGAUAUACGAUAUAUAUAUAUAUAUAUGAUUUGUGGAUACGUAAAAUGGUUUAUUUUAGUUCCUGUACAUCAAAAUCAGCACCAAUCUGUUGCAUUUUGAGCGUUGUUCAAUUAGUACGUAAGUUAAGUUAUCAUAAUGAAAUGUCUGGAGUUGUAACUGUGAUGUUCCUAAGAGUAUUAUGUAUUAUAUAAUUAUAAUAUCGCUAGAAUUAGGAACAAGUGAUAAGUAAUAUUUUAACACGUAAUGUACAAAUUAAUAAACACUAUUUUUUAAUUUCAA